CAAGAAUCAGCUGUUCUAGGGUUAUCUUACGGGAUCUUGCUUGAUUGUGCCCUAGAAAUCGGUUCAUCUUAGAUUGUCCAAAGUAAUUUUUGUGUGUUUAUUCGUAAUAUUUGUAAAUUUGACACAGUUUCGAUUUCUAUGGAUAUGAUGACAUCUCUGACUGCUGGGGCAAAACCUUUUUCUUCCUUUAAGGGGGCUAUUCAGGUAAACGAGAGAUUAUCCUGACUCGAUCUUGGAACAAUAAUAAGGGACCUGACCAAAUGCAAUCAGAGCCGCGAGGGCUCUUUUUGAUACAUGGAAUUGUUAGUUGUGGCCUCUGUCUGAAGUACAUGAACUGUUCCAUUCAACUGUUUCCCAAUUUAUGGCCUUUUGAUUCUAUCUUUACUUAUGUUCCAUGCAGCCAGGAAAUGACUGUUCCUCAGCUUCAAAACUAGUGCACUAUUUGAAUCCAACCUAGUCGAUUUGUCCACUAGAAGCAUGCUCAAGUACAUCAUCUCUGUUAUAGGUUGGAAAACUUUUGAGCCUUUUUCAUGAGAAAACUCUAAAUUCUUGGAGUUUGUUUGGGUCGUACUCUUGUACUAGUUUUAUAAUGGAUCAAUUGCCUAUAGAAAUCUGUGCUUUCCAAGCUCACGACAGAAGAUCUGGUUUGGACUCAAUUUUCAUGAUUUGGGCGAAUUUAAAAAAUAUUCAAGCUGAUUCAAUGUCUUUUUGACCUAUGCUUAACAAUAGUCUUUUUGUCUAAUUAUUGACGAAGAUGUUUCAAAAGAUCUACACUAGUUUUAAAGGACUAUUUGUCAAGACACCAUAAUGACACUGAUGUAUUUCCUAUAUCAGACUUGUUUUUGACAGUUUGCAGAAAAUAUGCCGAAGUAACGUCUUGAUUCAUUAUUCAACUAUCUCUGAUCAUUCACCCAAUGUUGAGAUUGACUGGAACAAUAGAGGGCAAUUGGGUACCAGCAUAAGACCAAGCAUUCUCAUCAUUGAUUUUAGGCAUUGGUGACAUGCUAAACUGAACUUAACUUUAAGAGGUGCAUAAUCUGUGGAUAUGUAUAGGACUUCUGAUUGGUAGAUUGACAUGAAUGCUUUCCUCAGUGCCAUAACACAGCCAAGGGCAAUUUUUUUGGUUCUUACCCUUUCACCUAUUCUUGCCCUGAGUUAUUUCACAAGAAGUACAUGAUUUUGUUUCUGAUCAAGGAAAAUGAUUGCAAAAGCUCAAUAAUCUAGUGUAGGCUUCUUCUCUGCCCUUUUAAGCAUUGGCUUUAUAGUGAAUUUUAUUUGAUUGUUCCUGUUUAUCGUUACUGGAAAUUUGUAUUAACUGUUAGUUUAAAGGCUUUUAGACGGAUGUGCUGACUUGCCCUUGCAUAUGGCAGACUAAGUUUUCAUAGUGAAAUAGCUGGACACCAAAAUAUUGUUGUAUAUCAGUGAGACUAGAAUGGAGGUCCAGUGAUUGGAAUGAUAUAGAAGGUCAAGAUAUGGAAUCAACAGUAUUAGUGAAUGAGGUGAUGCAAUUUUCUGCACAAGAUACUCUGAAGUAGUAGACUAGAUAUAAAAUCUAAAGGCCACUAGCUGUCAGAGACUUCUUGUUGGGCAAGUGAUUUCUUCACUAUAGAUGUCAUGACUGGCUAACAGUAUAGUAAAUGUUUAGCUUCAGGAGUUGUAAGAUAAUAGAAAUUAAUUAAGAAAAUAGUAAAUUAGUUUUUUCCUCAAGUCUUUUUGUGAUAUGAAUGGUCAAUGUGUGAAAGAUUAACAGCAUCUUAUAUCUUCAAAUGUUCUUAGCCUCCUUUAGAAGUAGAGUACGUUACCUUUAAACAGAAUCCGGCGGAUGAGUUAAAGCCCCCAGAACUCCCACAAUGAAGUUUUUCAGUUGGAAAAGAAUUGAAAAACAUAUGUACUAGGGUGUUACAUUAGAUCCCUAAGAAUCAUAUUUAGCUUAAUUAGCCUUCUUCUAGAAUGAAACAGUCAUUCUGCAUCAAUAGCCGUGGAAGGGUUACUUUGGAGAAGUUACAAGGAAUGAGAUAUUUCAUCCUUGCUAAAGUCUUCUUCUUGCUUGGGUCUUUGAUAGAAGUCCUGAUGCGUUGAAGAACAAAAGGAGUCUGCUAGACAAAUCUGAUUUGAUUCACAUUACAACCGGACACUUGCUUAUCUGGAUGCGGUAUAUGUUGUUCAUUAUAUACUAUGACAAUGUUUCUUAGAUAAUCUACGUUCUCAAGGUAGCAAGUUUGUUACAAUCUCAGAAUUUAUUUUAUGAUGAAGGGGGCUAGUAUGAAUUAUUUGUAUAAUUUAUUUUUUUGUUGUAUACUCGCAAGUCAGUAUUACGCUUAUCUAAUAGAUGAUCAUUGGCAAGUAUCUUAAUUCCGCAUGCUACACAUUCCAUAUAUCCCUUUCUAUCUUUUGUUUUGAUUAUGAUGGAUUAUUCUGUAUAAGGACUAGUUCGCUAGAUAUAGUUCUUGGUACCGUCGGCUAUUCAUGCUUUUGAGGCAAAGUAUUAUAUGUUUGUUCUUUGGUGCAUUUGUUAUAAAGCUAUUCAUGCUUUACUAAGUGAAGACAUAUGUUCUUUGGUGCGUUUGUUAUAAAGUUCAUGCUUUUUGAGGCAAAGUAUCAUAUUUAUUGGUGCUUGUUGUUAUAAAUAUACUUGUAGCAUUACAUAAUUCCCACUGUAAACAGCUUGGAUUGGUGCACUGCACUUGUUGACGAAGCAAGUGCUGUGCAUAUAUGACCAUGAAAAAUAGCUUGUGGUCAGCGUUCUUAAAGAGCCUGAAAGCAUCGAGUUCCUCAAUUGAAUAAUGCCACUCGGCCUGCCAUCAGUCACGUGUACAAGAAUCAAAAGCUACGUGGAUCCGAAGAACAGCCCACCGCCCACCUUUUUUGUCAAGCAGUCGUGCGGUUUACUCAUUUUAACAAGCACGGGAAAAUGUUUAGUUUAGAUGCAGAGAGCGUUUUAUUCUUGCUUCCGAUUCAUUAACCACUUAAUCUCUGUUUCUUUUUGCUGAUCUUUCAGGCUCAUCAUGUUGUUUCAGGUCAAAGAUCCAAUAGAUACUUUUUUUUAACACACCACGUUGUUGGCGGAUAAAGCUCAGGAUUCAUUGAAGGCUUUUUCAUUACGAAGAGUUCUUGAUAAGCCUGUACUUGUUGACGACGAAACCUCUGUACGAGGAAUGACCCACCGGAAGGAUCUAUAAAAAAAGCCAGAGAUUGCUCGGAUCAGGAGGAACGGGAGAGAAGGGUCGCAGCUUGAAUCCAGGAGGAAGGGCGAGGAGAUGGAUAAGAACCAGAAGAGUGGCCACAGGUGUCUGCCCAAGAGGAUCAUACUGGUGAGGCACGGGGAGAGCCAGGGGAACCUGGACAUGGCCGCGUACACCACCACCCCGGACUGCCGGAUCCCGCUCACGCCGCUGGGCGUCGUGCAGGCGCGCACCGCGGGGGAGCGCAUCCAGCAGGUGGUGUCGGAGGGCGGGCGGGCGGCGAGGUGGAAAGUCUACUUCUACGUGUCGCCUUACGAGCGCACGCGGGCGACGCUGCGGGAGAUAGGGCGGGCAUUCCCGAGGAAGAGGAUCAUCGGGGUGAGGGAGGAGUGCAGGAUCCGGGAGCAGGACUUCGGCAACUUCCAGGUGGAGGAGAGGAUGAAGGUCAUCAAGGAGACGCGGGAGCGCUUCGGCCGCUUCUUCUUCCGCUUCCCGGAGGGCGAGUCCGCGGCGGACGUCUUCGACCGGGUCGCAAGCUUCAUGGAGUCGCUGUGGAGGGACAUCGACAUGAGGAGGCUGGAGCAGGACGACAACUUGGACGUCAACCUCGUGAUCGUGUCGCACGGCCUGACCUCCAGGGUGUUCCUGAUGAAGUGGUUCAAGUGGACCGUGGACCAGUUCGAGCUGCUGAAUAACCCCGACAACUGCGAGUUCCGAGUGAUGCAGCUAGGCCCCGGCGGCGAGUACAGCCUCGCCAUCCACCACACGCCGGCGGAGCUGCAGCUGUGGGGGCUUUCGCCGGAGAUGAUCGCGGACCAGCAGUGGAGGGCCACGACCGUCCGCGGCAGCUGGUACGAGAACUGCCCCUGGCACAUCGACAACUUCUUCCACCACCUCAAGGACUCGUCCGACGACGAUGGGUCGUCGGACGAGUGCUACAAUGCAUGAACUAAUUUAUUUUCGGUUGUCUGGUCUCUCCUUGCGUCUCUUUUUCUUCCGUAGAAAAUGAUUCUUUGUGGUACAAGAAUUGCUUCAAUAAACAACACGUCGGUGUGGGCUAUUAUGAGUACAA